GUGAGCCGAAGGCAGAUGCUUAACCGCUGUGCCACCCAGGCGCCCCUGGUUUUCCUCUUUCUUAGAAAUACCAGGGUUGCACGCCUGAAAGAACAGGGCCAGGUGGUGUUGCUCCCCUAUGUCCUGGAGCCUGAAAUCAAAUGUGGGCACAGAGAGUACUUCGACCAGAGGGCCCAGAUGUGCUGCAGCAUGUGUCCGCCGGGCUCCCAUGCACAGUCGUUCUGCACGAAGACCUCAGAUACCGUGUGUGCCCCCUGCGAGGACAGCACCUACACCCAGCUCUGGAACUGGGUUCCCGAGUGCUUGAGCUGCGGCUCCCGCUGCAGUUCUGACCAAGUGGAGACUCAAGGCUGCACUCGGGAGCAGAACCGGAUCUGCACCUGCAAACCGGGCUGGUACUGCACGCUGCAGAGGCAGGAAGGCUGCCGGCUGUGCGCGCCACUGCGCCAGUGCCGCCCGGGCUUCGGCGUGGCCAAACCAGGAAAUGCAACGUCAGAUGUGGUGUGCGCUCCCUGUGCCCCAGGGACGUUUUCCAAUACGACGUCAUCCACAGACCCUUGCAGGCCCCAUCAGACCUGUAGCUCCGUGGCCAUCCCUGGUAACGCCAGCGUGGAUGCAGUCUGCACCUCUGUGUCCCCCACCCUGGGAACGGCCCCACGCCCAGCCUCCACGUCCCAGCCAGGGUCCACGCAAUCGCAGCGUGGGGAGCCAACUCCAGGGCCCAGCACGGCUCCUAGCACCUCCGUUCUGUUCCCCACGGUUCCAAGCCCCCCCACUGAAGGGCUCAGCACAGGCAACAUCUCUCUUCCGAUUGGUCUGAUUGUAGGUGUGACAGCCUUGGGUCUGCUGAUAAUAGGGCUGGUUAACUGUGUCAUCAUGACCCAAAAAAAGAAGAAGCCCUUCUGCCUACAAGGAGAAGCCAAAGUGCCUCACCUGCCUGCUGAUAAGGCCCGAGGCGCCCCAGGCCCCGAGCAGCAGCACCUGCUGAUCACAGCCCCCAGCUCCAGCAGCAGCUCCCUGGAGAGCUCAGCCAGCGCCGCGGACAGGAGGGUGCCCGCCGGGACCCAGCCGCCAGCACCGGGUGCAGAGAAGGCCGGUGGGUCCGGGGAGGCCUGGGCCAGCUCCAGCAGCUCAGAGCCUUCGUCUGGUAGCCACGGGACCCAGGUCAACGUCACCUGUAUCGUGAAUGUGUGCAGUGGUUCCGACCAUGGCUCUCAGUGCGCCUCCCAAGCCAGCUACACGACAGGGGAUGUGGAUGCCAGCCCCUCCGGCUCCCCAGAUGACGACCAGGUCCCCUUCUCCAAGGAAGAAUGCCCUUUUCAGUCCCAGCCAGGGGCUGCAGAGACUCUCCUUGAGAACCCGGAGGACAAGCCCCUGCCCCUUGGUGUGCCUGACGCUGGGAUGAAGUCCAGUUAGCCAGACUGGCGUGAGUCGUGUCUCAGCCGAGGUGGGCUGUUCGCUGGUCCUUCUAGGCCCCCCACCCUGCAGGACUCUGGCCCUUUCUCAGCCAAAUUCCUUUCAUGGCCCCCACAGCCUCAACCUUCCUCUCAUCUGCUGGCAGAAGGACGAGGCAGGAAGAAUUGUGGAAAACCGCUCCCAUCACAGUGUGCGUCCUUCUCUGAAGGCUAGCUGGACACGGCCGUGCUGGCCAGUCUGGAGCCACCCCUGCUGCUCUGAGAGCCGCCCCCCAGCUGCUCCUGCAAGUUGGGCUUCUGGAGCCCUUAUUUUGGUUUUUUAUCCCUGGGCUCUACCCAGCAGCUCUGGCUUCCAGGGAGGCCCUGGCGUCCUGCCUUCCAGCGGGGCCUGCUGGGGUGGAGGGACGGGGCGUGAGUCAUCCACGGAGAAGGGGUGGUGGAGAAAGGGCAGUGUUUGAGCCUGAAGGCUGAGACUACAGGAUGCUCGCAGCGGGGGCAGGGCUGGGGGGAGGGGUGUCAUUGAUCAGAUGGUUCUGUGCAGGGGUGGGGGCGGCAAUGCCUGCAGGGGACAGGGGUCCCCCAUUAGCCCCUCCAGAUCCAUUCCUGCCAAAUUCACCUCUUGCACAAUGGUGGGAAAAUCAGACCCCCAGAGGGCCCAGCCAAACAACCUGCGUGAAUACUGUAGCUUGGGCAAGAUGGCAAACCUCUAGCCGAAAAUCUGUCAACUUAACAUGGGGCAAUUAAAAACAAAACAAAAAAAAAACAGCAGAAAACACCAUGCAGGCAAACAAGCCAACAAAAUGACAAAGCCAAGAGUUUGCUCUUCUCUGCUUUUCACCUUCACUCCAAUUUACCUAUAGCUCCGGCCCCUCCUCCCUCCGUGUCUGGGGUGGUGGAGCAAGGCCACACCUCUUGUCAGGGAAUUUCAGGAACUGGAGAUGCCUGAGGCCCACAGCCAUCUCCGUCCUCCUACCUCAGCCUGGCCCUCCCUCUGCCCCCCCCCCCAGGCGGUGCUCUUCCCCUCAACCCCCCUCACUGUUCCUGGAGUCUCAGGCCCCAGGGAAACCACGGGGCCUGCCGUGAUCUCAGGUGGAUGUGGGAUGCUGAGAGCCAGUCUUGUGUCCAUAUGUCUGUUGUGUGCCAUCGGUCUGUGUAGCUGUGUGGUUGCAUUGAAUGGCCUGCCUCAGGCAGCUGAAAUCUGUAAUUUUGUUAAAGGAUUCUUUUCCAUGAAAGAGUCAUUCCGCCUCCCCCAAACGCGUGCCCAGAGUCCUGCAGAGCAUGGACGCCUGUGGUCUUGACUGGAUUCUGGAAGGUAGAGGGGACUCCUGGAGAAGCCAGUUGGGUCCCAGGUUGGAUCCCUUGUGGAAAAAUCCCACUGGACUUGGACUUGGGAGCUGAACUUUCGGAGGGUAGGAGAGUCCAGCCUUUACCAUGAAGAGAAAGUAAACGCUUCCCAGAAAUCAGGAUUCCCUUGGAGUCAGGAUAUCCCACUGCCUGGACAGGCCGGGUCUCUGCCUGCCUUGGACGCCGGGUGGCGAUGGAGCGUGUCUGCCCCCUGGUGGACCACCUGGGGGGACCUCAGGCCUCAGGGCUCUUGCCAGGGCAGCUCUGGAUUGCAAGGAGGCCCUUUCUGGAUGCGGCCUCAGUUCCCAGGCUUGUGUUUGUACUGUAUAUACUAGACAACAUUACUGCUUCUAAAUAAACCUUUUGUUUGUUUUACA